UUGGCAACAGUGUAGUAUAUGGGGUCUGUUACACUGGAUCUUUUUCUCCAGACUCCACUCCGAUCUCAUUCUUCUUUCUUUCCCGACCCUAAGCCCUAGAAGCAUUUUUCUCCAGUGAAAUUUGAAUCAAAAUUGUUACAUCGAAAUCCACUCUCAUUUCUCGACAUUUCAAUUUAAUCUUUAUUUUCUGAUUUUUUUGUUGUCAAUUCUUGGAGAAAAUAAAAGUGUUAUUUUUUUUCUCUCUCUCUAAGAUAUACAUAUUUUAAUUAGCAGAUUUCUAUAUAUUUUUUGUUGUAUUGGUGGUGCUGGAAAUGGCGACGAGCUUCCACCAAUGGGAAUCAGACCCUCUGUUUUCGGCGGCCGAAGUCGUUCAAGAUUCUGCAGACAGGAUGGAAUCAAUUUUUCGCCUUCUUUUGCAUGAGCAAGGCCUUGUUCAAGGACACCAUUCAGAUCCAAAGCUACUCACAUCAAUAGAGUAUCAUAGACGUGAUCUUGCAACAACACUUGAAACAGCAAAAUGGCAGUUGGAGGACUUUGAAAGAGCAGUGAGUCUGUCAGCUGCAACAGACAAGUCUCGAAUGAGGGAAGAUGUGAUUUCCAGACACAAACAGUUCAUUAGAGCAAUUAGGGAGCAAAUUGUACAUGUGGAGAAAAGCUUGUUGGAUUCAUCAAUGGGAAAUUCAGUGAGAAAUACUGAGUGGAUUAAUUUAAAUGAACAAGAUAGAGAUGGGUUGGCAUUAUUUCUUUCUGGCCAAGAUCCGACUGAACAAGUUCCUCGUUAUGAAAAGGGAGAUAGUACUAUUUUGAGGAGGUUUUUUGAUCCAGUCACUACUUCUAGUUAUAAUGACAGUACUGAUGAGAUUGUUGAGCAAAAAACUAGAGAAAGUGAGAACUUGAAUAUGGCUAGGGCUAUGCAUGUAGACCAUGAUUUUGAAUCAUCGAAGGAGGGUAAAUUAAGGAAUGUGGGUUCUCAUUAUCCUGCACAGUUGAGUUUUGAAGCACCAGAGGCACUGCGAGAUACUGCUGGUGGCAAACAUGCUGGAGAUGGCAGUUGGGAUCUGGAAGCUGAUGGAGCCAAAGAUAAAAGUUUCUUCCACAAGGAUGGGAGAGGAUGCCACAACAGAAUGGGCAUCUUUUGUUUCCUGGCUAAUUUAUGGCCUGCUUAUGGAAGCAGGGUCUCUAGGAAUUUUACAAAGAGGCUGAAAGAUGGAGAAGAACAAAGCCAUUCCCCAUCACAAAUGGAUGUUUCACAUGGUGCACCAGGUCAUCAAGCACGAAUGAGAUUAGCCUUUCGAUAUGGCAUUUUUCAAGGAUUAUGUUCUCAAUUAUCUGCAAAAGUCACACGCUCUUAUAGCUGGAUAGGGGUAUGGAGGUCAAGAUAUCAAAGAUCACGAUAUCAUAUACAAGUAGAUCACCAUUCUGUCCGAAUGAUUUUGAUGAUGCUUUUUGCACUAAUAGUUUUAGGUAUCCUGCUGUUUCAAGUUGCUUGAAAACAGUCUAUUUAUAGGUGCAUUUUACAGCCUAUUUCGGUCGAUGUGCUUCCAGAUUUACAUCAAUGGUGGAAAUGAUGACUGCUGCCCAGCUACCUUCCCACUCCCUGGCGCACAAAUAUUGCAUCAGGUGGUGUAAAUACUGUUGUGUUCUUAUUGAAAGUGUGUACCGGCGUGCAGCUGGCUGUUGAAAGGAUCUUGGGGUAAUAUGAUGACAACGGCCUCCUCUGCUAGCAAUGCAUUUGAGUGGCAGAAGUGAGUGUAAUGUUAAUUUUUUCAGCACCCUUGAAAGAAUUUUAGUGUUGCACAAACCCCUGAAAAAGCUUUGCAUUUUCUAUUGAAUGCUGAGCCGCCGCCAGAAUAUGUUGCUCUUGUAGUAUUGCCAUGUUGUGAAUCUUGUAAUAUGGCAGUGUAUGGUUGUGAAUCACGUCAUGGGACUUCUUACAAUCAUUUUUCCAAGAUUUUUAUUUUUAUUUUUUAAAA